AUAAGACAUGUAAAAUCAGUCUAUUAUGGUAGGGAGAGAUACAAUGUAAUUAGAUUAUUUUGACCGUCAUGUUUGUAUACAGAAUCUUUAUAGAAGUUCAAAUCUUUAGCCAAAUGUGAAUACAAAUGUAUGAUUAUAUAAAUUUCAGAAUGUUUAAAGUUCCUGAUUGGUACUUGACCAUGUCAAUGGGACUGUCUGAAGUACUGGAUGAGAUUGGGGUAAAUGAGAGGAUGAUUAUGAAGAGAAGAAGGACGAACUUACUGGAAGAGACUAUGAUGACAAUAGCAAACAGAUUGUCUGAUAUUCCGAGUUCUGAUUACUUUCUAGGAAGUCAGUCAGAGGGAACAACAACAGUAGGACUUCAGUCAGACUGGGAUGUUCUUACGUGUAAUAAUGAGGUUAUUGUUAUACAGGACUUGCCUGAAUGGGCUCCGGAUUUAAACAAUAUACUGAUGAUUGAAGAUGCAACAACACCUCCUGGAUAUUGUCUAUUACAAACACUUAGACAGGAUGUGCCGCUUCCUGAAACUGUCGAAUAUGAGAACUGCUUGGUUAGAGAUACACAUGGAAGGAUACUGUUCAAGAACACAAUAAUUGAUGCUUUUUUUCCGGAAGGCCAACGGCACGGCCCUGCGGGAUCAAAGCAAGGGCGACAAGGUUUCUAUGAUCAAGAUAUAGUGUUUGCUUUUCCCUUAAAAGGAUGGCCAAAAGCAGCUAGACAUUGGUUACACCAACAAGGAAGAGACAUAUGGCCGACAGAAGACAUGCAAAGACCUAAUGCAGCACUAUAGAGAAGGUAACAAGUGGGAGAAGACAGCAUGCAGACUUCUAGCCCCUCUGUUCUGUACAACGAUUGGGUCGCUGAGAGCAUCAUACAAUAUUCAGCAUCACAACA